CUUGGUGGCCACUUCCGGUGUAAACAGUAAAGUAUUUCGGACACAAUUUAAUUUUCUAAUAUGGGAGGUUCUCAGAGUAGUGCAAACACAAGGACAGUUGAGGUUGAUGAAAGUGGAAACCCAAUUGUAUUUUUGACAGGGAAUGUACACAGGAGAUUGCAAGGGUUACCUGAAUCACAAGAAAAGGAUGUUCAGCAAGGUGUCCCAGAAGGUAUGGCAUUAUCAAGGGAGCAGGUUGAAGCUAUGAGGAGACAGAUAGAGAAUGAGUACCGACAGAGGAUCAUAGACACUCACUCUGAGAACCACAAAAUCAAGGCUGAAGAAUUUGCAAGAGCUGUGGAGGAAGUAGAAGCAAAAUUUAUUAAGCAGACUGGUUCCCCUGUGUGUCAGGACCUACAACAGGAAGUGUACAACUGUUACCAGGAGCACUACAAGGAGUCACUACGGUGCUCCACCCAGGUCAAGGCCUUUACUCAAGCCGUUGAGAGAGAAAGAAGGAAUGCCUUCAUCUCGUCAAAACAAUCGUGAUGGAUGACCCUGGCUUCUGUAUUUGAACCAUAGGACGUUUUAUAUUUGGUGCAUCAAAGACUUAUUAUCUUAGAAAACUUACUUUGAUGUCAUUGUAUUUCAAGUAUGUGUAGGAAUGAAAAAAGUGUCUACAUGUAUUUUACAAGUUCUCUUUUUUUCUAUCAUAAUGUUAUGUUAUAUUUGAAAUGUCAGAGAAUUAUCAGAAUAUAAAUGAUUAUGACUCAAGACCACAUAGUGGUCACUUUUUAAAAAAUAUGUCAAUGGGUUUUGUGUGCUUGUGACAUGAACAUUGCAAAUAAGGAUUAUUUACUUUAGUCAUGGCAGCUGUAUCUGCCAAAGUACUUAUAUAUAAUAUAGGAUUCUCUUUAUUUGUUAAUGUGGAGGGAUUAAAAGAGGCAGAAAAUGA